AAUUACAAAACAACGUACCUAAGAUUAUUAACUUAAAAUUUAAACAUUUAAAUAAUUGUUUUUUAAAUUUUUGGUUUCAUUAAUAUAUAAAUCAUUAACAUGCAUUUAAAAACUAUACUAAUCUUUAGUUCAAUAUGUUUUUUUACCGGCACAAUGAGCCAGGGACUUAAUGCAAAACAAUUAUCUUACUUUCAAAAUCUGGUAUGGGAGUAUCAUGAAAUAAAAACAGUAAAACAUGGUUUCUCAUGUAUUGGUAUCGCAGAGAAUUACAAUGAUUGUACUUUGGAAGAAAUCAAUAUAAAUGACGUCAUAUCUAAAAAACAAAGACUCAUCAAGAUCCUGAAUUGUAUGGUUAAAGUUGACAAGUGGGGUGAUAAAAAAAAAGUGGAAAAACUGGAUAUAAAUGAGGUUGAAAACAUCUCAACUAAAUUCAGAAAUUUUGACAUAGACAAUGAUGGUGCUUUAAAUAAUACAGAAUUCAAAGAAUUCAUUUAUGGUUAUGAGCUUCGCGAUUUAAUUGGAAACGAAGUAACACUGCACGACUAUAAGAAUGUUAUAAAGACUUUGGCUUAUUUUAGGAAAGAUAUUGAUCAAAAAAGCAGAGUAUAUCACGACUUAAGUGAUGUAAUGUUAAAAUUAUUAGAGUACAAAGCAAAAUUUAAUCAAACAAAAUUUGAUAAACUUGAAGAUUUGUAUGCCUUUCAUAAUAAAUUAUACAACAUUUCAAAAGGUUGUCAACCAGAGGAUUUUAAAUCAUUUCACGAAGAAUAGAUGUAUGUUGUAUAACGUAUUAUUUUGUUAAAGUUUUCAAAAACCUAUGAUUUUAUCAUAUAUUCUAAAAUUAUAAAAAGUUAUAACACCUACAUCCAACUUUGUUGUGUAGUUUUUUAUUGCUUAAGGCUUAUUUAAAUUUAAUUUUUUAUUUUAUAGUGGACUCUGUGACACAUUUGGUUCACUUGCUAUAUUCUAGUAAUUUAUUGGUAUUUAAAUUUUUCAUCUGUUUCUUUGUACAUGUUUUAAAUGUCCCAAGUUCAUUUCUACAUUUGUGUUUUUUACAUAUUUUUAUGAAUAUUCAAAAGACAAGUGAAUAAAAGGGAAAUUGGUUUCAUCAUUCGUUUGUGCUCAAAGCAGCGUUUUAACAGGAAAAUUUCAUAAAACUGUUGAAAAUAAAAAUGUGUAGAAAGUCUAUGCAAAAAUUAUAAAUAAACCUUAUUCAAUAGAGUUAAACAUCAAAUAACUUGUCCUGUAACUAAACAUACAGCAUUAACAAGCAGUUUUAAAUAAAUCCAAACAAUAGUUUGCA